CACAAAUGUGAAUAUUAAUUGUCAUUCCAAUGGUAGUGACAUGGAUCGAUUUCCUCUUGUAAGUGCUAUUAUUAUUAUUGCCAAUAGCGUAAUAUCGAACUCGGAAUUUGUAACAGAAGUUAACGAUUUUUACGAUUAUAUCAUAAUUGGAGGAGGAACUGCCGGAUCUCUUCUUGCUAAUAGAUUAUCUUCGAAUUUAUCUCUACAAAUUCUAUUAUUAGAAGCUGGUUCUAUACCCGACGAAAUAGUAAAUAUUCCUUUAGCUGUACCUUUUCUCCAAAAGACAGAAUUCGAUUGGUCAUACAAGUCCAUUCCUCAAAAGUAUUCUUGCUUUGGACUGAAAGAAAAUAAAAGUUACAUUCCAAGAGGAAAAGCAUUGGGAGGUUCUAGUAUAAUCAAUUUCAUGCUAUACGUCCGAGGAACCGAAAAAGACUACGAUAACUGGGCAGCAAAUGGAGCUGUUGGAUGGAGUUGGAAAGAAGUUUUUCCUUAUUUUACUAAAUGGGAAAACAAUCAAGAUGCUUCCAUAGUUUCUAAUGGUUAUCAUGGAGUGGGAGGUGAGAUGAAUAUAUCAAGAACUAAGUACUAUACACCUCUUGCGCGUGCUUAUGUGAAUGCAGCUAAGGAAAUUGGUCACAAAGAGGGUGAUUACAACGGACCAGAUCCCGAAACAUUUAUGCUUAAUCAAGGAUAUGUCACUAAUGGUAGACGUUGUAAUACUUACGAUGCAUUCCUCAGACCAAUAUACAAAAGAAAAAAUUUGCAUAUUGCCGUUGAAGCCUUAGUUAUUAAAAUAUUGUUUGAUAUACAUAAGCGUGCAACAGGCGUGCAAUUCGAGCACAAGAAUAAAAUAAAAGAAUCGAGAGUUACGAGAGAAGUAAUCCUGUCAGCGGGAACCAUAAAUUCUCCACAGAUCCUCAUGUUAUCCGGAAUCGGUCCUAAGGAACAUCUUCAGAAAAUGGGGAUACCCGUUGUUUCAGAUCUUCCAGUUGGUAAAAAUUUGCAAGACCAUGUCACUGUUGGUGUACCUUUUACGGUAGAGAAAUCGGUGACUUAUAAUAUGGCAGAAAGUAUUGUUUUAGGGGCUUUGCCUUAUUAUAUCAAAGAAGGGCCACUUACUGGUCUGAUAACGGAAACCAUCGGGUUUAUAAGUACCAAAUAUAAUAAUCAAUCCAAAUGGCCAGAUAUAGAACUGAUGUUUUCUUCUGCUACUCCGUCAUCCGACUACGGACUUAUCAUGAAAAAUGUUUACGAUAUAACUGAAGAACUGUGGGAAAAAGUUUUUAAACCAAACACUGGAAUUAGCAGCUUUUUCUGUUUUCCACUUGUAAUGAGGCCCGAAAGCGUUGGUGAAAUCAAGCUCGCCUCGAUAGAUCCACAUCAGCCUCCUAUCAUUAAUCCGAAUUAUUUUGAUAAACCCCAAGAUAUUAAAGUUCUAAUUGAAGGUAUGAAAAAGUGUUUAGAAAUCAGUUCAACUAAAGUGAUGAAGAAAUAUGGAGUUAGGCCCUUCCUUAACGUUUUUCCGGGGUGUGAAACGUAUAAACUAUAUAGUGAUAAAUAUUUAGAAUGCGUUGCUAGAUCAUUUACUCUAACUAAUUAUCAUCCAACUGGAACUUGCAAGAUGGGAGAUCCUCAAGAUCAUACGACUGUUGUGGAUCCUCAAUUAAAAGUGAAAGGAGUAAAAGGUUUACGAGUUAUCGAUGCAUCGAUAAUACCAAAAAUAAAUACAGGUCACACGGAAGCUCUCGCUCUUAUGAUUGGAGAAAAGGGAUCUGAUUUGAUUCUGAAAAAUAUACGUAAAUGAACUGAAGAACUGUUUAAAUAUUUGGAUAUAAUAAAUUAUAAAAAUGUG